AGUAGUUGCAACUGUCCAUACCCAAUUAGCUAAGCAAGGGCUACAAUAUCAUGAAUAUUAUGUCUUCAGGCUGCGGGUACGGGUGCAAGUGGUGUUAUGUGGUGACCUGCUCUGUCUUCAUUGCCUCUGCUGGGUUCCUCAAUGGAUACGAUGUCGGUUCUAGUAAUGGAGUGAAGGAGAUGAGUGGUUUCAGAGAGUACUUCAAUCUCUCAGGGUCAGAGGACAACUCCACCACUGGCUGCACCGCUGAGGACUCUAGCGGGGAAACUAGUGCCAUCUUAGGUUUGGUGGUGGCCCUGUUCUCGUUAGGCUCUCUGGUGGGUGCUCUAUUAGGGGGACCCCUGUCAGACUGGGUUGGGAGGAGGGCUGCUCUAGUGACCGGAGCACUACUAGCUGCCUCUGGAAUCAUCAUUCAGAGUGCUGCAAUCGCUAUAUGGAUGUUGCUGGUGGGAAAGAUUUGGACAGGAGUUGGAAAUGGAAUCAUAGUACAAGUUGUGCCAAUGUACCUAGCUGAGAUUGCCCCCAAACAACAUCGUGGUAAACUGGUCAGCCUAUCGUCAACAGCAGCCACAGCUGGAGUCCUGACUGCUGCUCUGGUAAAUAUUGGGGUUGGGUGGUUGCCAUUUGGUUGGAGAGUGUCGUUGGGUCUACAGCUGAUACUAGCAUGUGGGAUCGUCAUUGGAUCAUCACUCAUCCCGGAGUCUCCAAGAUGGCAUGUCAAGAAGAACAAGCCACACAAAGCUGUCAAGACUCUGAAGAGAAUCUUCAAAGAUGACCAAGUUGUGGCAUCUCGACUGGAGGAGAUAUCAGAUUCUUACCGGAAAUCCCAGCUCAAGCAGACACUCUGGCAGACUUGCUUGUCCUGGGACAUAGCGCACAGACUUUUUCUGGGAUUCAGUAUAAUGUUCUUUGCAAGAUUUAACGGAAUGCAGCUAGCCUUGUACUUCUCAGUUUCUAUCUUCUGCAAGAUAGGAAUAUCUGGUUUUAUUGGUGGAGUGGUCUUGGGCCUGUCUUUGUUCACAGCACAGCUGUUGGUACUACUUAUUACAGACAGGUUUGGUCGCAAGUUGAUUCUGCUGUGUGGGUAUGUGGUGAUGAGUGUUUGUCUGAUAGCAGCCUCAGGGCUCAUUCUGGGGUUUGGACUUGAGGCAGACCAGCUCUCCUCUGACAAGACCAUCGCAGGAUACUUUGUAGUGGCUUGUCUCGCUCUGUUUGUCGGUGUGGGAAUGAUGACUACUGGGAGUCAAGGUUGGAUUGUAAUCAGUGAACUGUACCCGUUGAGAAUCAAAGGUGUGUUAGUGUCAUUGGCAUCUGCCGGGUGGUGGGUUGGUAAUAUUGUGAGUGGGGAGAUCUCUCCCUUCCUCCUCUCCUCUUCUCUGGGCACUGCCGGGACUCUUCUACUCCACGCCGUUAUCUGUGCCCUCAUCUUUGUUUUCAUACUGCUGCUAUUGCCAGAGACUAAGCAACUGAGUCUGGAGCAGGUGGACCAACUAUUCUCCACCCCCUGGUUACAGAGGACCAACCCUCUCUACUAUCUAACGUGUGGUCGUGUCAACAAAGUUCAAGUGUUGGCUGAAUCCAGCUCUGAUGAAGAGUUACGAGGACUGGACAUUUCUCUGGAUGAUCUGACCAAUCAGAACGAUGACUGUGAUGAAGUGACUGGAGAUACCGACAAAUUAACACAAACUCUGUAAAAUAAUUAUUUCAAUAGUUGAUAUAGAAAAAUCAUUUAUUUAUUAGUGUGCAUGCAUGCAGUGGUCUCACUCAGAUCAAUCACUCUGCAGCCUGCCCGG